UUAACCAAUCCAAACAUUUUGCACACCCCAAAAGAAACAGAAACAGAAACAUUUUGCAACUUUCUCUCUGAAAUAAAGGGUUUCCUCCAUACGCCACCAUUAUCGCCGCCGCUUCACGACCUAGCUUUCAUCCACCACCUUCGGAGCGUCUCCUUCAACAACGCUCUGAUGAGUAGUCCUCCAGCUAAAUUGCGUGUUCAGCCGGACGAUGAGUCUCCGGCGAUCCUCCCUGAUGAACUGAUCACUGAAGUUCUUUCCCAUGCUGAUGUGAAAUCUCUUAUGCAAAUGAGGUGUGUAUCCAAGACUUGGGAUGCUAUGAUAUCUGAUCCUAAAUUUGUGAAACUUCACCUUAAGCGAGCUUCGCGAAACCCUAGUUUGACACUGUUUUUGAGUAAAUCCCGAAUUGAUGGAGAUAAUAAUGUUGUGCCGUUUCCUGUGAGUUGUUUAAUUGAGAAUCCAAUGAUCACUCUUCCGAAUGACCCUUAUUUUCGAUUAAGGGCUAAGGAGUGUCGCUAUGUUAUUGGUUCUUGUAAUGGUUGGCUUUGUUUACUUGGUUAUUCUUCCAUUGGUGCUUAUAGACAGAUCUGGUUGCGUUUCUGGAACCCUGCAAUGCACAAAAUGACCGAAAAGUUAGGGUAUAUUUGGGAUAAUAUUUUGGGUCUGUAUACCCAUUUCAAGUUUGCAUUUGGUUAUGAUGAAUUGUCGGAGACUUAUAAGGUAGUGCUGUUAAUUUUGGAUGAAGCUAGAAAUAGAACUAAUGUGCAAAUUUUAAGUUUGGGUGAUGAUAUGUGGAGAAGUAUUCAAAGUUUUCCUGCGGUUCCUCUUCCUUUCCGCUAUUCUAAUCCUGGUGUGAAUGAUGUUGUGUAUUUGAAUGGUAGUCUUAACUGGUUGGCCCUUCGCGAUAGCUUUCGUUCUAUUGGUGUUUAUGGUUGGAAGAACGUUAAUGUCAAAGAGUUUGUCAUUAUUUCACUUGAUCUUGGAACUGAGACAUAUAGACAGUUGAUGCCUCCUUGUGGUUUUGAUGAAAUGUCACCUGUUGAACCAUCUAUAUGUGUUUUGAAGGAUUGUCUCUGCUUUUCUAAUGAUUAUAAGAGAACUGAUUUUGUUAUAUGGAAGAUGGAAGUAUUUGGAGUUGAGGAAUCUUGGACUCAACUGUUUAGAAUUAGUUACCAGAAUCUACAGAGUAUGCAUCUUGACUUUGUUGACUUGCAAUAUUCUCAAUGGUUGCCAUUGCACCUUUCUGAUCAUGGUGACACACUGAUAUUGGCUAACAAGCAAGAACGGCAAGCAAUUCUAUAUAAUUUGAGAGAUAAUAGAGCAGUGCGAACUAGAAUUACCGAUGACAUACAGUGGUUCUCUGCCAAGGUUCAUGUUGAAAGCUUGGUUUCUGACAUUUUGAAACCUCAGGUACAUCAACCCUAAUUAAUGGUACAUUGUCAGAUGGUUGGAGAAAAGAUAGACAGGAGCUUAUUGGAGUACAUUUGCCUCAGUAACAGUACUCAUUUUGCACAAGACAUUUAUGGCCCUCUUGACGUCUUUCGUUUAUGUUUCUUUGAAAACAUUUGAAGCAACUCACUGUUUAAUAAUUGUUCUGUUUUACAACUCUGCUCCUGUUUGUUUAGAAGCAGAUUGUAAUGGUGAGAAGCAACGAGCACUGACUUGAUUUUACAUGAGUGAAUGGUAAAGCUUCCUUGGUCUUCUACCAAAGCUUCCGUAUUGUAUUGUUCCAGAUCCCCAAGCUCUAUAUAUAAAGACGUUCCUUUCUCAGGCAUCUACCUAGCUCUUUCAAGUUUACAUUUGAUUAUGGUAAUUCAACCAACACUAGUAAUAUGGUGGUCCGUGGCGUUAAACUUCAACAAUUCCAUUGAAGCUCAAGUGAGAGCAGCAGUAAGAGUGGUUUGGGUGGCAAUGCUUCGAUAAAUAUUUUGUUUUCUCUUGUUUCUCUUCAGUUCAGUAGUUACCGGGUGACUGGUGUUGUGUAUUUGAUGGAAGAUCUUAACUGGAUGGCCAUUGGCAAUAACUUCAGGUAUGAUUGUAAUGUUAUUAUUGCCGAGCAAUUCAUGAUUAUUUUGUUGGUUUGGGAAUGAUGAAACUGUCUGGAUAUAGGAUUUUGGAUAAUCUUAUGAGGAGGCCAGAAUAUACAUAGAUAUAAUUACAGCAUUUAUUAGGCAAAAAAAAAAUACAGUAUUUAUAGCAAUUAUGAUUAGAAUAUUACUACCCUUAUUCGAGUUCAGAUCCACUCCAUUUCUUUAUCCUCCUUUUAUUCCAGUCCAAUUAUUAGAUUUGUGACAUGUGGCAAAAACACAUCUAAAGACUAUUACGCAUCCUUUUCUUCUUCCUUGCAUCAAUUCAUCUCUCCGCCGCCGCCCCUCCUCUCACUGUCUCUCUUCUCUAUCCAUUACUUUGAUCAAAGCGGCAAAGCUCCUCCCUAACCAAUUCUCCCUUCACAAAGCAGAAGAACCACAGAUCCACAACUUCACUUACACAAUCCAAUUCCAAGUUACAAAACAGAAAAUGCUGGAUAUCACCGUCGUCUUGUUCUCGGUGGUGCAAAAUUUCGUCUCAUUUUCAUCUCUCGCCGUCAUCUCUAACACACCCUCUCUUCGUCGCCUCGUUCUUGGAGAUCCAAAACGUCAUCACAAAUGGCCCAGAUCUUUGCCGUGCUUUUCGACCCCGGCGGUGGCAGUGAAUAAUUUUCUACACUAGCGUAGUGGUUGUAACUCAUGGUAUUAAUUGACAAUUGCGCCCUAAAUUCAAAAGGGAAGCUGUAGUGGACUUGAUAAGCUAAUUUAACCAUGAAAACAAAACAGUGAUACAGCGGCGGCAAUAACAGGUAACGGGAUGUGUUUUUUGUGGCGGCGGUAGCGAAACAAAAUUGAAACACCAUGGCGGCAACUUCGACACAGUGCGGCGGCGGCGGGGUGGUUCAUGACGGUGGUGGCUAGAAGGCAAAGAGGCAAAGAGAUAUGGUGGAGCAAGAAGAUAGAAACCAGGAAGUGUUUCUAUGUGGCUUUCAUAAGAUGAAGUUUUUAAUCACAGCCAUUUAAACUCUUAACUGCCAUGUACAAAAACUGGAAUAAAUGGAGGAUAAGGAAAUGGAGUGGAUCUGGACCCCUUUUUUUCCCUUCAAGUAACGGAAUUCAAAUCUAAGGAUUUCCGUUUUGAUGGAUUCUUUUAUUAUUCUUGCAAUAGGAAAAUAAAAUAAGAUGCAACCAAGAACACCGAGGUUCAAUCCCAUGUCAUCAUAGUUCAAAAGUGUCCUCAACCACUAUGCUAAAGCAUUUAUUGUAUCAUAUAACACACAUAGUAUAGUAUAUACAGAGGUUCGAUCCCGUGUCAUCAUAGUUCAAAAGUGCCAUGGCCAUCGCCUGUCCCACCAAAACUCCACCACUGGCGGCUGUAGUGUUUACUAUUGCGACUAAAUUUGCAGAUGUUUGCUGCUGCUAAAUGCUUCCAAAAGAAGCACCUUGUUUUAUUAGCCAUUUUUUCAAUUUGAAAUAUUUUUAUAGCCAAAUAUCAGAGGUUAAUUUGUCGGGGGGAGGGGAAAUUUGUUAGUAGUAGGGAUUGAACCUUGGAUCUCGUACAUAAUAUGUUUUGCAUAGGUACUUUAAACCUUUGAUGCUUAAACUUGUUUUUUUCUUUUUCUUUUUUUUUUAUUUACGUUUAUGUUUUGCAUAAUAAUUAUUUCAUAUUUAUGAAUAUUUCGUGAAUUAAUGUUUUGGAGCUUGUAAUUUGAUUUUGCAUGCCAUCCAAACAGAUCUAUAAAUGAAAAUCACUUUAAUAUAUCUUGAUAAGGUUGGAAUUUUUUACUUUCCUAAUAUAAAAAUCUAAAAAAUUCACUUUUGGUAACAAAUAUUUUAUUGUUACUUUCCCGUCAUUAUGGCAGGGAUCUACCUAGCUCUUUCAAGUUCAGUUUGAUUACGAUAAUUCAACUGACAGUUGCAAUGUGGUGGUCCGUGUCAUUAAACUUUCGACGAUCCCAUUAAAGCUUAAGUGAGAACCGCAGUGAGAGUGGUUUGGGCGACAAUGCUUUGAUAAAUAUUUAGUUUUCUCUGGUUUCUUUUUAGUUCGGUUGUCCUAGAGGGUGACUGGUGGUGUGUAUUUGAUGGGAAGCUCUUAACUGGUUGGCCAUUCGCAAUAACUUCAGAUGACGGAAUCAAGAGUUGAGAUUAUCUUUGACUCAAUGGUUGUCAAUGGCUCAAUGCACCUUUCUGAGAAUGGAGAUACAUUGAUAUUUGGCUAAUGAUCUAGAAGAUCAGGAACGAAGAUAGAAACUGCCUGUAGUGAUAUUUGUGAAGAGAUGUUUUUUCCUCUAUGUUCACAAUAUUUUGAUUUAUAACAAUUUCGAUGCUUUGCUAUUUGGCAGAACGAAGAUACUCAUUUAAGGUUGAUGUAAAGAUUGACAUUUGUAAUCAUGGAAUGGUUUUGUUGGAGCUAUCUGAAGUUCUCUUUUUUUUCUUCUGUGA